UUAAAAAUAUUUAAAUAUUUUCUAAUUUUAAUUUAAGAAGCUCCUUACACAAUCAUUAGUGUGAGAGAACCUUUGGCAAAAGUUCGGCAACAAACUAAGCAGAAAGGAAGAGUUCAGGAUUAUCAGGCAAAAUACAAUGAAAAUGAAAAUUAUUAUUCUGAAGUUACUGAAGAAGAACAGAUGUAUGCAGAAAUAAAUUCUGCACAAGAAACUGCACAGUUUUCAGAUCAAAGAAAUUUAGAAUUACCUCCAGCACCACCGACUGUAGAAAGUUUAAAAUCUGUAGCUCAAGCUCAUUCAAGACAAGCAUCGAUAGCAUCUACAUCAUCCAGUGGAAGUUGUGUGCCAAAUGUAUUAACCUCAGGGACAUCUGCACCUUCUCCAACAGAUAUGAAUGGAUUGUACUCAGUUGUUGAUAAAUCGAAUAAACAACGAAAAACCAUACACUUGGGAGAGGGUGCAAGCUUAUUAAAUUUUAAUGAAGCUGGGACCAAAAUAGAAGAUAUGUAUGCUAAAGUGCGAAAGAAGCGAGUGCAGUCAGUGAGAUGUUCAUCCGAUGCGGAUGACAGUAAUAAAUUUGAAGGCAUUUCUGAUGAUGUGUUCAAUGUAUCGACUCCUGUAUGGAUACCGCGCAGUCCAAAUGGAGAAGAAUUUUUUACAAACACUAAUCUCUAUGUACCUGCGGUUCCAGUUCAUUCUGUUGAAGCAGAUUAUCCACCGAAAGAUUGGAAUGAAAAUGUCGAACCUGGAUAUGAAGCUAUUAAAAAUCAGAAAAAAGAAGAAAGUGAACCUGAUUAUGAAAAAGUAAGGGAAGAUUGUGAUGAUCCUCUUUAUGAAAAAAUAAGGCAGCAACCACAAAAUGGAAAUGGUGAACCAACAUAUGAAAAAUUAAAACAAAGGACUAAUAGGAAAACAGAUGAAAUAGAACAAUCAAGAAUUGAUAGCAAUGCAUCAAUCAAUAAUUGUUCUGGAUCGCUAGAAGAUUCUGAUCCUGGAUAUGAGGAAGUUAAAAAAAUUCAAAGAUCAGAUAGUGAUGCUACUGAUCCAGGAUAUGAGGCUGUGAAAAGAAGUCUUUGUGAUGACCCAGAUUAUGAAUCUGUUAAAGUGAAUAACAACAUAGAUUCUAAUGGCCCAAAUAAUUACAAAGUAACACAAAGUGUAGAUUUUAAUGGGAUAUCAUCCUGUGAUGAAUCGGAACCUGGGUAUGAAAGUGUUAGACAUAAUGAAAACUUACCAGAUGACGAGGAUCCAGACUAUGAGAGAGUUCACAGAGCAGAGAGUGAGGUAGACCCAGGUUAUGAAAGAGUAGGUCGACAUAAUGUUGAAGAUCCAGAUUAUGAGAGAGUCCAGCAUUGUGAAAGUGACUUUAGCGAUCCAAAUUAUGAAAGAAUAGAUAGGGAAGAAAUUGACUUCACAGAACCAGGAUAUGAAACUGUAAAAUAUGAUCAAGAAAAUAUACAAACUGAUACAAGCACAAGGCCAAAUUCCUUUCCAAACAGUUCAACAGAUUGUAAUUCUAGACGGAUUGAAGUUUCUAUAUAUUCAAAAUACACUCGAACACACAGUUGCAGCGAGCUUACUAACAGUGAUGAACAAGGUAUAUCAAUUUCCAACGAAAAUCACACCGAGUUAUCAUCCACCACACAUACAUCUGUGAUAAUUAAUAAAAAUGAAGAGGUCAUAGACGACCAGAAAUUUCUAACCCAUGAUGCAUUUCAGUAAAAUGAAAUAUCUUUUUGAUUUUUUUAAUUCCAAAUGAGCUUGCAAGAAUUUACAUAAUUGUAUUAUUAUAAAUUUCAUAUAGAAAGAUUUAAACUAGAUAAUUGGUGCUAAAAAGUAAUUCCAGAGAUUAUCAUCAGGAUUUAAUGAUCAUUUCAUUAGUAAUCAAAAUGUAAGUUUUGUACAUCCUUGUUUCAUUUGAUUCAGAUAUUUUAAAAGUUGUUUAUAAUUAUUUCUUGUAUAUAAUAACAGAUCAAAUGCACAUUUUGUUACACAUUAUAAUAAUUUAUAUUUAAAUGUUAAUUUUUGUGCCAUUAUAUAAAUAAUUAUUUUGAUAGUAAGUUGGCAUAUAAUUAUUGUAGUUUUUUCUGUAUAUGUGGCAAUAAUUUUUGUCUGUUUGUUUCAUAAAGAAAAUUAAAUAUAUAACUUUAUUCCAAUAAAUUAUGCAUUUCAUUGUUUACAGUGAACUACCUGAAAUUCGAGUACUGGUAACCCAAUUCUGCAUUUGAGCAAUUGUUAAUCUUAAACACUUCACUUUUAUACACUCCUGUGAAUAUCAAAAUGUAAAUCAUACAAAUAUAUAAGAUUUUAAUUUCGUAAUCCAAUGAAUUCUAUAUACAACAACUAAUUGUAUUUCAGGUUAUUCACUGUAUUUGCAUAAAUGUUUUAUGUGAAUUAUUUUUAGAUGUACACAUCUAUUUAGUGCAACUGUUAUAAACCUUAAAAGGUUGUUGAUAUCAUGUUGUGAUAAAGUUUACAUGAUAAAAUAUUAACACUUUUCCUUUGUAAUAAUCAAGGCCAGAUUUUUAGUUAUUGAUUUUUGUGCAUUCAUAUAUCUUUUAAGGUAUUUGUCCUAUAAUUUUGAAUGCUUUCUCAGUGGAAUUGGUGUUUUUGGAAGUAUAAAUUAUUAUUCAAAAAUAUAUAAAUAUAUACAUAUAAUGAAGAUUCAUGUAUUAUUAGUUAAAUUUGUGCAUUACAUGAAUGGUUAGUUGAUUAUAAUGAUUUAUAAUCAGCUUCCAGACUACUUUCAUUGUGUGUGAUGUCUUUCAAUCAAAUUUAUAUUUACAAAAAAUUGUCUGCCAAUGAAAAUUUUUAUGAUAUUGGAUCGAAAAAUGUGCAAAAUGGCUAGAAUAUUGUAAUUUAUAUAUGAAACGACAACAAGCUAAUGUAUUAUUAUAGUACAAAUAUUUGUUUUAAAAGCUUCCUAUAAGAAUAAAUAACGAAUAUUUACGGUUUAUGGAACUAUUAUGGAGAAUCUUAAUUAUCUUUUCAACAGUUUUAUUUAUAAAAUGAGAUUUUAUGGAAAUAAUAUACUUUGUAUGCCAAGGAAAUUGUUUUAUAAAUUUCUGAAAUUAAAAUAAUUUAUUUAACA